UCAAAACAUGAAUACGGCGAGUAAAUACGAGCAGGAUAUACCGAAAAGGUUACAAAGUGAUGUGAUAUUCGCCGAAAAAGUGUCUCUCGAUCGUUCCACCGCCGUAGUUUAUGCAUUAACGCGCGAUAGACAGUUGUUCGAAGUGCAGCGGAAAUCAAUUCUGCACUCGGUACGUCUGGGAUCUGCUACUGGUGGUGCGGCGUGCAGUUCCCGGCUUUUCAAUGAAAAUCCAUUGGCGACAGAAAGAUUCACAUCAGCCGACGAAUUGACGGGGAAUGUGUGCUUAAGGACGUUUCGUGCUAACGAUGGCACAAGACGGAAACUUUUUAUUCUCGUCCAGUUGGACCGAACGUUGAUCGUCGUAGAGCGUCGGUUCGUGGAUUCCGAUGGAAGCUGUUUGCUGGUGAUACACUCCUGCUUUGAAGAAUUCCGGCAGUUAACAUUCGUAGAAAACCCGCACCGUGGUGGCAGUUGCAUGGUGCAGAUCGAAGUGGACGAUCGCGAAGAACCGAUCGUAACCGAUUUUCAGAGUCGCGGCCGUUCAGCCGGCGCGGAUCAGUUGCCUUCGAUGGUGGAUAACUUCACGUGCUUCGAUCAUGUGCUGAAAACACUCCGAAAUCAGACUGCCGAGCGAAGGGCUCACCUGGAAAUGGCUCGACUAACCGUAACGGAGGUGUUCCAUGACCUAAACGAGCGUAUGAAAAUGGUGCCCUCGUUGCUGCGAUCGUCCAAUCCGGAGGAAAAGGUUCCGUUGGUGCGUUACGGCGACGUUUGGAGCAGAAUUCACAAUGAUCGUUUGGUGAUCGGUGUACCGUUGUUUAACUGCACGUACAAAAGACGAUUGACACUCACAAACCUAAGGCUGAUGCUGAUAAAUCGAAGUCUGAGACCUGUUUCAUACACAACCCGCUUUUAUCGCCUGCGUGACGAUGAUUACAAUUUAAAAUCAUACGAUGAAAUCAUGGAAAUGGAAGAUUUGAUUGCCAAUCCAGUGGCAUUCAAGCAAGAAUGGAUUGCUGAAAAGGACAGAGUAUUAUAUUCGGAAGAUAUGGCGGUUUUUGUAGCCACUUACAAACUUUCAACUCUGUUCGAACUGGGCCAGGGUGUUUCACUUGACUGUUACAUCAAAUACAACGUGGCGGCAAUCGAAACGGAAUGCGAUGAGCUGCAGCUCAGCGUGGGACCGCUAGAGCUAUCGCAAACGCAACUAUACAGCACCGACCUUUGGGUGCAUUUCAAACCGGAAGAAAUCAGCCGUGAUCUACUGACGGUUACCUGCACAUCCGAGUUUCUGCCGCUGACUGUUUGCUACAAGCGCGAACCCACGGUCGGACUGAAGGAGUUCUGUGUCGGACGGUUAGGGUUUUCCGAUGUGUUAUCGACUAUCGCGUAUCGUACCGUGCUGUACUGCGCCGAUAACACAUACUGGCAGGGAACAAUGAUAAGGUUGGAUCGGAUGGAAGACAAGCGUUUGAAGAUUAAACUUUACAGCAGAUACUCGCACCAAUUGACCACCUUUCUUCGAUCGAUUUAUGACGAUUACGAGGAAACCUGUUCCGUUGAUCUAUGUGCAACGCAUCGAAAAUCAACGGUUGAAGAGUUAAAGCAACAUCUUUUGGAAGAGCUACGGACCAAAAUCGAACAACCGACCAACAGUGAGGAAUGCAUGCGGAAGGAGUUUUGCACCGAUUUGAUUUAUUGUUCGCUAGAGACACCGAUCGAAAAUCAAACCAUCGAUCCGUCUAGUUGAUACUAACGAGAUCUCUUCCAUCGCCAUUGCCACGGUUGUCGAUUCCUACGUGCACGUUAACCAUCGCUGGAUUGCGAUGCAUUACUGGUACAUCAUCGUCUUCCUGGUUGUCCAGCGUUAGAUACGGUUCCGGGUCUAGCACGUGGUCGGCAUCCUUCAGGAUAUCCACAUAGAUCGACACGGCGGGAUUUUCGUCGUCCGGAACGUAGUGUGCAUCACUGGAUAGAACGCUAUUACCAUCCGGUACCAACAUUGUCUUCUCAGGGUCCGAAACCAACGGUCCAGAAGCAACGGUGGUCAAUGUAACCACAAGCACCAACAGCAAAAAUACACUUUUCAUGUCGAUUAGCGGAUUGGUUGACUGGGAACAAAUUAUAUCGCAAAGAAGAUGAUACUGAUUAAACUGGACAAUCCAUUUGGCGGACCUUUUUAUAUAUCAGCAAGCAAGUGUAGUAAUAAAAGGAAGAUGAUACUUUAUCAAUUUAUUGGGUGACAACAUUUAUUUUUGGCAGCGCAUUUCGAUAACCAAAAGAUAGCAGAAGAAUCGCAAAAAACUUCAGUCGGUAGUCAAAUAUUAGAUUGAAUUUUCUUUUUUCAUGUAAAUUUUCUCAAACC